AUGGACAAGACAAUCCCCACUGGCACAGAAUUGAUAGGCCAAUCUGGUCGUCGCUAUACAAUCGAAAGAGUUCUCCAGGCCAAAGAGAACUCGCCUUUGAAUGUUUAUCUCGCUAAAUGUUUACAUGUCUUGAAGCAUCCAUCAUUUCGUGAAGCUAACUCUUGUUUGUUUGAUAGGUCUGAAAAGGAGGAUUUUGUCCUUAAAAAUGUCCCCGAUUUCGAGUACCUUCAGAAAGUCUAUCAAAAAGUAGAUGGCUGCUCUUACCUCCGCCUACCACAAGAUUCAAUGGCCGAGCGCUCGAUGUUUGUUUAUAGAUACCUGACGACCGACUUUUUGAAUCUACCUGUCAAAAAAGAAUUACCAUUAGACAUAACCAAGCGAGUUCUAAGAGAUGCGUUGCAGGGUCUUGCUGCAUUGCAUGAUAAUAACAUAAUGCAUAACGAUAUCAAGGCAAACAACAUCUUGGUGGAUCAAAAAGACGAUGGCUCUAUCACGGAUGUCCGACUAGGCGACCUUGAAGAUGCCGCAAUUGUGCCGCCAGGCUGUGGGAUAUCAGGGAGACAGUUGGGCAAUUGGAUGUGGCGUAGUCCAGAAGCUCACGCCGAGGGUCCCAUGACCUCGCCCACUGAUAUCUUCUCAUUUGCAGUCGUGUGCAUAUACGCCGUCCACAGACGUCUUAUCUUUUCAGUUGACGAGAGUGAACUUGGUGCUGGAGAGGAGAUAUUAGCCCAUGUUAUUGAACGGCAGAUAUCAUACUUUGCAGAUGAAGAUAGCAUCCAGGAGUUUCUAGAACUGAUCAGAGAGAGUCCCUGGGCUGAGGUCUUCAAGAUCACCCGUGAUGGUUUCAACAAGGAGAACCCUCGAAAGCCAUUUGCUCUGUGGAAAGGCGUGGAUCCAGCGUUCAAGGACCUAAUCUGUCGAAUGACACAUUUCAACCCAGGGAAGAGAAUAAUAGCGCGUGGGGCACUAGAACACGAGUUGUUCAAGGGAAUAUAG